AUGAGUUUUGGCUUCAGUAUUGGAGAUUUCAUAACUGUCAUUGAGCAUGCCAACAGGCUCCGAAAAGACUUUAGUGGUGCACCAGCUCAAUUUAAGGCACUCUCCGAUGAGCUCAGGAAUCUUUCUAUCGUGAUGCAGGAUGUUGAAAUUGAUUUAUCCAACAUAGAUCUGAGCAGUCAGCAAGGGAUCAGGCUGCAGAAAAUAGCAGAUAGUUGCCGCGAGGUUUUUAAUGAAAUUGAUAAGGCGGUUAGUCAAUAUUGCGAAUUAGACGAAUCCCAUGGUAUAAGAAGAAUAUGGAAGCGACUUAAAUGGGAACCGAACGAUGUUCGUGAUCUCCGAAAUCGCAUUUGCAGCAAUAUCAGCAUUCUUAACGCAUUUAACGGCCGAAUAACCCGGGACAACGUCACGGCAUUGUUGAAAGCUAAGACCAAUGAACAGCACCAAAUUUAUCUUGACUGGUUGUCGCCAGCUGUCUACGCAACACAACAGUGUGACUAUAUCAGUCGGCGCCAACCGGAAACCGGAGAGUGGUUUCUAGAAUCCCCCGAGUUCCAAACCUGGCUUGAAAAGCCACAACAAACGCUAUUCUGUCCAGGUAUUCCAGGUGCCGGUAAAACGAUUCUCUCAUCAGUGGUAAUUGACGAACUUGAAUCUCGGUAUGGGAACAACCGCGAUAUUGGUGUUGCGUACAUUUACUGCAGCUUUUAUCGCAACGAUGAUCGAAUCCAGAAGCCCGAGUGCUUGUUUGCAAGCAUCCUUCGACAGCUCGCUCAGGGCCUCUUCCCGGUGCCACAUAUCAUCCAGGCAUUGUAUGAAAAGCAUAGACUGAAAGGAACACAGCCCUCAGUGGAAGAAAUGUCCAGAGCCCUACCGCUGAUUGCCAUUCACUUCUCAAGACUAUUCAUUGUGAUUGAUGCUUUGGACGAAUGCCGCUUUACUGCCAUGUCACGAGUUUUGAAUGACAUCUUCUGUCUUCAGGCAACACAUAAUGUGAAUCUUUUGGCGACCGCAAGAUUUAUUCCAGAAAUUAUGACUAGGUUUCUGGGUAAGCCAACAAAAGAGAUCCGUGGAUCCAAGCCGGAUGUGAUGCGAUAUCUGAGAGCCAACCUGAACAAGCUUCCUGCAUUUGUAUCCCGGAAUCUACAGCUACAGCAAGAGAUUUUGAUUGGAAUCACGAAUGCUGUAGAUGGAAUAACAUACGAUUACGCUUAUGACAACGCCAUACAAAGAAUCGAGGGUCAAGUCACGGACCAAAAGGAUCUGGCUUGGCAAUGCCUGUCAUGGAUUAUCUGUGCCAAAAGACCGCUAACGACGGUCGAGCUCCGGAAUGCUCUUGCCGUAGAAAUAGGUGCAUCUGAGUUCGAUGAGGAAAAUCUUCCUGAUCUUGAUGAUAUUGUCUCUGCUUGUGCAGGCUUGGUAACUGUUACUGCUGAUUUAUCGGGUGACAUUAUUCGAUUAGUCCACUACACAGCACAAGAAUACUUUGAACGGACGUGGACCCGCUGGUUUCCAGAUGCCCAUAAGGGCAUUGCAUCAACCUGUGUGACAUAUCUGUCUUUUGAUUUCUUCCUAUCAGGCAUCUGCUUUUCUGAUAGAGAUUUUGAAGCGCGGCUCAAGGAAUACCCUCUUUAUGCAUAUGCAGCUAGGAACUGGGGGCAUCACGCUCGGAUACAACCCAUAAAUGAGGACCUGAUGAUGGGUUUUCUUGUAGAUAAGCUCAAGGUCAAUGCUUCUGCACAGGGACUUUUUGCCAUUAAAUCAUUUUCAAGCAUGGGAGAUUACAGUCAACGAGUCCCAUUGAGGCUUACUGGUUUACAUCUUGCAGCAUACUUUGGGCUGACAAGUGUGAUUCAAUCUCUGAUUCAUCGAUAUAACCAAUCUUGCUCGAUGGAUUCGAUGGGCCGAACACCCUUAGUGUGGGCAGCAUAUGCUGGCUAUGAUGCAGUUGUCAAGCUAUUUAUAGAAAAUAAUGUUGAUGCAUGCGAGAGAGAUGGUGAUGGCCGAACUCCGAUAUCACUGGCAGCCUCAAUGGGUUGGGUUAAUGUAGUGGAGAUCCUUCUCGAGAAUAAUAUUGAAAUAGACUCCCUCGACGUGGAUGGACAGACCUCUCUCUCAUGGGCAGCAUGUCGAGGCCAAGAGGAGGUCGUCCGGCUCCUCCUGGACAAAGGCGCCAAUCCGGACACCAAAGACAUGAAUGGCAUGACGCCACUUUCAUGGGCAGCCUCUAACGGCUGGAUGGGGAUAGUGCAACUCCUUCUUGAACGACAUGUUGACCCCAACUCCAAGGAUAGGCACGGCCGGACUCCACUCUUCUGGGCCGCUGAGAACGGCCAUUCUGCACUCAUGGGGCUUUUGAUUAACAAAGGUGCUCAGCCAGGCUUACGAAAUGAUGGGAGUCAUGCUGAUCAAAGCCCACAUGCUCUCGUGAUUCACAGUGCGCCCGGAGUGGUGCCAGACGCUUCUCAGCAAGACGUUGCACAGAAUGAUUUUGGCGUCUCGUGUUCAUUCUGGACGGAACGUGGAUUAGAGUGCCCACUAUGCCUUAGCAAGCAGGAUGAAGUACUUACUAGCCACCUUGCUCUGAUGGCGUUCAACGCAUAUUACUUCCGUCAAGGGAAGACAGUGUUAUGCAACAUUAUGCCCACGUUCACAAUAGACGGCUAA